AUGGCUAGCACUGCCGCUGCACCGCGACGGCGAGUAGCGAUCGUCGGCGGCGGCCCAGCGGGUCUUUCCGCCGCCUCGCAGUUCCACCACCCCACCUUUUCAGUAACGCUGUUCGAGAGGCGCCCCACACACGGCGGAAUCUGGUGCUACGACCCCACUCCAGGCCCCUGCAUCAUCCGUUUUGACUCCACAGGUCGGCCCCACGCACUGUGGUCCGGUUCGCGCAAGGACGGUGAUGAAGCAGGAACGUUUUGUCCGCCGGGUGCCAUGUACGAUGGACUGCGAACCAACCUCCCGUGUGACGUGAUGGGGUUCAGAUCCUUUCCAUACGGCGAGGAUACGAGUCUGUUUCCCGAUAGGGCGACGGUGGAGGGGUACAUCGAGAGGUUCGCGCAGCAAGCGGUGGAAGGGGUGCAGGUGCGCUUGGGGACGAGUGUCACGUGUGUCCGUCGAACAGCCCACCGUGCAGUCGAGGGGAAGAUCGGGUGGGGAAGCGAAUGGACCGUUUCAUCAAUCGACCUUUCUACAGGAGCGAAGCACGAGGAGGUGUACGAUCAUGUGGUGCUCGCCAGUGGGCGAUGCAACACGCCCUCCAUCCCACGCAUACCGGGUUUGCCCAAGUUCAAAGGGACGGUUCUACACAGCGCAUGGUAUCGCUCCCCGCUCGCCUUCGAAGGGAAGACCGUGCUGGUGGUGGGCAACUCGUCUUCGGGCAGUGACAUUGCGAGAGAGCUAAGCGGGUACGUCCUGCGCACGCUCCCCGAAGGAUCCGCUGCCUCACAAGAAUACCUCGAACGAAAGAGCCGGGCAGAGGCUGGGGGAAAGGUGCUUCAUUCAUACGAGCAUAUAGAUAAGCCUCCUCCGCUGGACUACGAUCCUCGUGAAGAAGGCAGUCCGGACUGGACGAGGAGGAUACAGGUCGUGCCGCGGAUCGAGAAGGUCGAUGAGGAGGGUGCGGUGGUGUUUCAAGGCGGAGAAAGGAGGGCGGAUGUGGACGUGGUCGUGUUCGCUACCGGGUUCAGUUACGAUUUUCCCUACCUGUCGCAGGAUGUUGCGCCGUUUGAUACGCACCCACUCAUCCCCUUUCCGCCAUCUACACCAGCCGAGGGGUUCGCAGUCAACCCCACCACUCCGCAGGCCAACUCCCACUGGUCGGACGAAUCCGAGAUCUACACGCCCCCAUCGCGCACCGCCCCCUUCCUAACGAACCUCGACGACUGGUCUCUCUUCUACGCGCCCGAUCCAUCGCUCUGCGUGCUCGGCGCGCCGAUUCGAAUCGUGCCCAUGCCGUUUACGCAUGUUCAGUCGCGCGUUGUGGCUGCGGCGUGGGCGGGCCGGCUUGGCCCAGCGGUGGGUUCGAGCGGUCUGCCACGACUCGAUCCGACGGUGCCAUCGACAGACGCCGACAAGUGGACGAGCAGAGCCCCUGUGGAUGGGCCAGGCGACGGCGAGGAGCAAGGGCAAAACAAGACGGGCGAUCUGGGCUAUCCGUCUGACACGGCGUAUCAGAACGCAUUGCUCGCACUCCUUCCGGACGAGCUGAGGGUCAGGGGCGAGGACGAGAGCACCACCGUUCCCGACCCAUCAGAUCCAGGUGGAGUGACGCCAAAUCCAGUGGCAGCAACCGACGAAGGCUGGUCCCAAAUGCCCGCCUUUCGCAACCAGAGGCGCGCCGAUACCAAGCGCUUGCGGCGCGCCUUGCUCGGUUAUUGA